AUGCGGCCAGGCUUCCCUUUUACUCCCCCCGAAUCCCCAUUCCCGUCGCCCCAUGCCCCUCCCCGCCACCCUUUUUCCCUUUCCCGCCGCCACGAAUCCCCACCUCCCCAAUCCCUUUUCCGGGUCGUGCGACAACCCUACCCUCCCGUAAUCCCCUUCUCCCCCUUCUCCCCCUUCCCUCCUUCCCUCCCUUCCAUCCUUUCCCUUCAAUCCCUCCCGUCACACCCGUCUCUCCCUUCCCUCCCUAACUUCACAACCCUCCUUCCCUCCCUUCUCUCCCUUCUUCCCUUGCCUCCCUUCCGUUCCCUCCCUCCUUUCCCUCCAAUCCCUCCCUCCUCGCCCCUAUCUCCCUUCACUCCCUCUUUCCCCUUCCCUCCCUUCUCUCCCUGCUCUCCCAUCUCUCCUUUCCCUUCCUUCUCUCCCGUCCCUCGCCCCUAUCUCCCUUCCCUCCCUUCCCUCCCUUCCCUCCCUUCCCUCCCUUCCCUCUCUUCUCUCCAUUUUCUACCUUCUCUCCCUUCCCGCCCAUCUCUCUCCCCCUACCACCCUUUCAUCCCUCCCAUCUCAUCCCGACUUCCUUCUCUCUCCCGUCUCUCCUUUCCCUCCCUUCUCUCCCGUCCCUCCCUUCCCUCCUGCCCUCCCUUCCCUCCCUUCUCUCCCUUCCCUCCCUUCUCUCCCUUCCCUCCCUUCCCUCCUUUCUCUCCCUUCCCGCCCUUCUCUCUCCCCUUACCACCUCUCCCUUCUCUCCCUUCUCUCCCUUCCCUCUCAUCCCUCCUUGCUAUCUCCUGUCUCUCCCUUCUCUCUUUUCUCUCCCUUCUUUCCCGUCCCUCCCUUCCCUCCCUUCACUCCCGUUCCCCUGCGUGUCGCACGCCAUUUCCCCCUCGACUGUCCGCCCUUUCCCCCCUCUUUCCAUGCUCGCUCUCGCCCUCGAUAGCACUCCCUAUUCCCCUCCUUUCGCACUACCUUGCCCCCACGUUUCGCAAUCCCCUACCCCCUCGAUAG